AAUUUGAACUUCUCAAGUCACAUGAUGAAACCAUAGGUUUGCUAACCAUGCAACGUGGAUGGGCUGAAUGACUUACCCCCAGUUCCUGUUUCCUUCACACAACUCGGUGGUUUUGUAGCGAACGAGCAGCCGGGUUUUUCAUCGCCGUGUACAGCAGCUGAAGAAGUUAUGGUAAUAUAUACACCCUGCUUUCGACAUCAAUAAAGAGGGCUAUAUCCUCCAGACAAUAACUGUAUUUCAGCUGAGCAUCCACAGUGAGAGUCUCGGCCAGUUGUGUCUGUGGAGCAUUUUCUUGAGAAGUUCCAAACCCCACGGUGUGGAAGGGAGGAUGACUUUCCACAACAUGACGUGGAUCGGCUACCCAAGCAAGAACCCGGCUUUCACCCCCCCAGAUGAGAUCGAGGCCUUAAUCGCUUCUCAAAACGUCAUCUCCAGAAUCAUGCACUGUUACAUCGCCUUUUUUGUCCCAACAGGAUUAAUAGCUGGCAUAUGUAUUUUGAUCAUUUUCAUAAAGAAUUAUUCGCAGUACAAAGUCAUGGAAAACUUAGACUUGUUUCUUCUAUACUUCACCAUCAGCAACAUUAUAAUGAUUCUUUUAUCGUUUACUGUCACCAACAGACCUGACUAUUUAAAAGCAACCUGCCUCGCCUGCAAUGUUCUGUCCUUCUUCUUCAACUUCAGUUAUUUCAAUUCUCAAUACAUUCUGAUUUUGAUGCUUCUCAUACUAUUACUGGAGAGAUUUCCACCGAGGACCGUGCUCAUCCAGGGAACCUACCAACCCAUGUUGUGUGUUGGACUUGCCUUCUGUUUGGCGCUGACUGGGGCGGUACUGGUUGGCACAGAUAACUACCAGUUGAAAACAGACUGCCAGUUGGACCCAUUAUUUGCGUGGCCCGAAUACGAGAUCGUUAAAUUCACCUUUGGAUUUGGAAUCCCAUCGUUUCUUCAGAUACUCUGUUUUACUGUUCUCUUGGCUAAAGCGGCACCUCCUGACGCUCCAGCCUUACAACAGCACUUCCGUAUUUACCCCGCUGUCUACAUUAUAAAUAUAACAAUAUUUAUAUGCCGUCUAUUUUAUAACGUUAUGAUUCUCUUCAGGGCAAUGCUCAAACUACAGAAGAGCAUUGGAACUCCCAAGAACGAGCUCGUGAUGAAUAUUGCAGAAAUAGUGCUGUUCUGUGAGAGCUGUGCCAGUUUGCUGUUUAUUCUUUGUUUUCAUAAACCCUGCAAGGAUGAAAUACUUCGUGUCAUCCACAACUGCCGACGGAGAAACACCGCCAGCAACCACCUGGAAAUACCAGUAACAACCCCCAUCCACGAAAGCGGGUCUCAGUAAACCCCGCUCUUCUGGAGAACUGUCAACCCCCUUCACUUUUUUUAGCUUGUUUGUGGGUUUUGGUUUGGUUUUUUUACUUCUCCAAAAGAGGAUAAUCGUUCCUUCUUUAGAACCCGACCCUGGACUAUCUCACAGCUCCCAGUACUGGAAGAAAAAGAUAUUUAGUUCUAGUAUUUGCAAUGAUCUAUGAGAAAACAUGUAGGGUCUGGGGUUAUGGGGGAGUUUUUUCAUAUAAAUAUAUAUAUAUAUAAAUCUUCUAUUUUCUGCAAGUGUUACUUCAAAGCCAAGUAGAAGAAGAGUACUGUUGCCAUAGAAUUGUGCUUUUGUAAUAAUAUCAAUGUCCUGGCAAAGAUGCAAACAAAAACAUAGCAGAAAACAACUUUGAACACAGGUAAAAAUCUGCAGCCAAAGCCUUCCCUCAGAUGUGCUUCUUUUGACUUCUUACCCUACAAACUACUUGUUUUUAUAAUGUUGCUAAAAUCUAGUAGCAGCAGCAGUGAAAUGUGGCUUAAAAACCCAUUAUAAUCCUGAAAUAGUAUGUGAUAUUAUAAGCCUACUGUAAUAGUUGUUUAUAUUUUUAUAUAUACACACACAAACUGAGCCUUUCUUCCCUUUUUCCAUUUUCCUUUUCUGUUUUUAUUGGAACCCUUAAGGUUUUUGUGUGAAUUCUUGUGCCAGAAAACAGAAUUUUCAAAUUAAUGGAAACGCUGGUCCAUAAAGGAAAGCCUCGGGUCCUUUGUGAGGCACUGAACUGGAAAGAUCAACAGGAUGGCUAAUUAAAACUUUGUGCAAGAAUGAAAGCUUUUCGUUAAUGCACUCUCAGCUUCAACUUUGCAUUAAGACUUACAGCAAUUAUUGAUUUAAGCCAUUCUUGAUGAGCUCAUUCAGAAGUACGAAGCCGUGUGCUUUGGAAGAGCCACAUUCAAUAAUAUACUAACUAAAAAAAAAAAAAAGGUAUGUCAGUCCAGAACGGCAAACUGAGGUGUGUUUUUAAAAAAAAUAAAAGCAGAGCCCCAGUCCCAAACCGAAAUGGGGAUCUGCUGGAGACAAGACAGGAGCAUUAGAUAUUUAGAUGAGAAUUCAUGGGGAAAUGGUGCAAAAUGGGAAGAAAAAUCUGAGUGGGAGAAUAAGGCAGCUGCGCACAGGAGCUCGGCCAGAGCCCUGCAGGAUCGGCGGCUGAUGGAGGGCCAAAGUUGGAAAUUCUUGCUUUGAGCACAUUGCUACUGUCACCAAAUUUGGCCAGGAGCCACGUUACACACUUGGCUUCGGUUUCAGCUUUUCCUCUCAAGAGGUGGAGAGAACAGAAAGAACAAGGAAGACAAAAAACUGUACUGGAUCUUGGGUAAAGACGUAGACUUUGAUUGCAAAGUUACAUAAAUAGGGUAAUGUGAUGAGGAAGGCUCAAGUGGCCUGAAGGGUUCUGAGAAAAGCCACUUUGACGCUUAAAUAUGUGCCUUUGCACAACACCCGGGUGCUCACAGAACGGAGAGGUUGUUUUGCAGUUGGGUGCUUUGGAAGGUCUUCCCAAGGGGUCCCGAUUUGUCUGGAGAACUGGUGCAGAUCAGCAUGGGCUGCUGGAGACAGAGAAAGGCAAGCACUGAUGGGUCAAGAACAACAGCCAAAGUGCAUAAAUGGGAGAACAAAGGACAUUUGUUCAGCUAUAAUACAGAAUAUAGAUUCAGUAUCUAGAUACAUGGACCUAGUCUUGGACACUCAAGCCCUGAAUUUUAUAGACCAUGACCGUAUCACAUGUGAAAAAAGGGGAAUGCGGAGUCUCACUAUGAUCACAACAUUUCUGCAAGACGUAAAAACCAGCCACUAAGACAUCUGCACUGUAUUAUGUCAGCCUGUUUUCCUCCUCAAUUUUACUCUGCUGCCAGCAUGAGCAGAAGGAUAAUUAAAGAACACUACGUAUAA